AUGCUGCAAGGAUCCCUGGCUGUAGAUCAAAGACCAUUCUGGGAAAAAACACAGAAAGAGAUUCCAGCUUUUGGAGUCAGUAGAUCAGGUGAUGCAAAAGGUAUGGCAGCUAUGUGUGCCUGGUUUCCCUUCAGCACAGCAUCCAAUUAUAGAACCACAUGAGUCAAACAUGGUCAGUCUGCAUGAGUCAAACAUGCUCAGUCUACAAGAGUCAGUCUUUUGCGAAUUUGCCCAAUGGUUACACAUCUACAAAAAACGCAAAAUCAAGAGGAUCCUCCGAUUCAACAGUGGCUGUGGAGGAGAGGCCAUUUUGGGAAAAGACACUGAAAGAGAAAACAGUGCGGUCUCUGGCUCCCACUCAUGA